UUCCGUUAGAUUUCAGUAGGCCGAGCCGCAGUUACAAGCAACAUUAAGAAAAAAAAACGGGAAAGAGAAAAAAAUUCCGAGAAUAAGAAAAUUUGUUCCGAAGAAUCUUCAUCCAUCCGUUUAGAUUUUAACAACAGGUGGAAAUAUUUCUAAAUAUCUGACAUAAACUGAGUGUGACACGUUGAUUCGAAACAGACGGUACAGAGGAAGAGGUGCAAAGAAAAAUUUCCAUACUCGAUGACAUUUCAUCGCAAUGUCCGAUCGUUUGGGGCAAAUAACCAAGUCCAAGGAUGGGAAAAGCAAGUAUUCCUCACUCAGCCUAUUUGACAAGUACAAGGGGAAGUCAAUAGAAACUCAGAAAACCACAGUUGUUACUCGACAUGGCUUACAGAGUCUUGGUAAAGUGGCCGCUGCCCGGCGCAUGCCCCCGCCCGCUCACCUGCCGAGCCUGAAAUCCGAGAACAGAGGAAACGAUCCAAACGUGAUUAUCGUGCCCAAAGACGGAACAGGAUGGGCGAACAAGCAGGAACAACCAGAUCAAAAGAGUUCCGUUGUGUCGACAGCACAGCCGCCGGAGUCGCAGCCGCCGCUGCCUUUGCAGAAAUCUGUCUCCAAUCUUCAGAAGCCAACAGCGGCACCCAGCCAGGAGAGCACAAGCACCGGUGGACCAAAGCAAUGGGCACAACUAAAUGGAAAGGCACUAGAUCAAGAUGGUUUAAGGGCCUCAAACCGACUGCAGCCCUUCUCUCACGAGGAAUUUCCAACGCUGAAAGCAGCAGGAGAACAGGACAAGGCUGGCAAGGAAAAAAGCGGCUUCGAUCCGUCGUAUGGGCCAGGACCAAGCCUCCGCCCUCAGAAUGUGACGAGUUGGAGGGAGGGCGGAGGGAGGUACCUGCAGCCCCCAUCUCUGUCCUCAGCCCUCUCCUCUGAUCCAGAGGGCAAACCCAGUGCCUCUCCUGAGGCUACCACUCCGCUUCCACCUCCAUCCUCCUCUUCCACCUCCUCUUCUUCCUCUUCCACCAACGCUGUCAACACCACCACCACCACCACCACAUCUCCUGACCUGAAAGAUUCUUCGCUUCGACUGGCUCCGCCCACACGCCGACCAACACCGGGUCUGCAGUAUCAGCUCCAUCACUCCUCCACCACAACCUACCACGACAUGCUGCCUGCCUUCAUGUGUUCCAAGGAGACUCGUGAUGGUCCGGGUUCUUCUGAGCGCGGCUCUGCUGCUGCCUCUGUUGUUGCUGCCCCGAUGCGUUUUGAUGCUCGACCCACCUUUAGACCCCCUUACCCUCCUCCUGAACCUGUCAGUGGAGACGUGCGGAGAGAGAACCGCUUCGCCCGAGUCCCACCUCGUCCCUCUCCCCGGCCGAUUCGGCGUCCCGGAGACCGGCCUUCCCGUCCUGCCAUCAUCAACCCUGAUGAUCUGAAAGACCUGGACGACCUGGACAAUGAUUGCGAGGACGGCUGGGCAGGUCUUCAUGAGGAGGUGGAUUACAGUGAGAAGCUCAAGUUCAGUGACGAUGAAGAGGAUCACUCCCCCAAUGAGAAGAACAAGAUCUGGGGAGAGUGGGAGUCUCGCCGUGACCGCCAGUCAUCCAUGAGUUCAGACGGUCAGGAAGACGCGUACCAUCACCAGCAUGAUCCUUUGCCUUCCAGAAAAACCAACAGCAGAUACGGAUCCACAGGUUCACAGCCGCAGCAGAAGAGCAGUGGCACAAACGAGUCUGUGGAGGAACAGGACGAGCCUCAGCGUUCUGCUCCUCUUCCUCCUCGGGGAAAAUUCGUCUCGCUGGACGUCUCCGAGGCCGUGGAGAGGGCACGUCGGAGGCGUGAGGAAGAGGAGAGGCGAGCGCGAGAGGAGAGGCUGGCUGCCUGCGCUGAGAAACUCAAGAAACUGGACGAGAAGUUUGGUAAGAUCGAGAGACCGGCACACUCCGGAGACACACAUGGAGCGGAAAAUAAGGAGCUUUCACUGUCACCCGGGAGAGAUGUGGGAAAAUCUCACCAGGAAGCCUGGCUGCAUGGAAGUAAAGAUGUUUCCGAGCAGAAAUCUGACAUACUUCACAGCCAGGAUUACCGAGAUGAUUUCAGCUACAGGAGCACGGACGACUGUCUGGACUACGCUCAACGGCACCAGAAGGCUAUUCCGCCCCGCUUCCAAAAGCAGCAGCAGCAGCAGGAUCAGGUGUAUAAGAUGCAGCAUUGGCAGCAGCCCAGCUCAGGUUCCACUCAGAGAGGGUAUUACCCCCCACACGUGCUUGGAUUUGACCCCCGCUGGAUGAUGAUGCCUCCUUACAUGGACCCACGGGUUACCCAGGGACGCUCGACAGUUGAUUAUUACUCUCCUAAUGUCCACUCUUCAGGAGUAAUGAAACCGGCUGUGCAGCAGGAUCGCCUCAACAGCCCUGGGUCUACCUCAGACGAGGGCUGCCAUCCCAGCAUGCACCAGGAAAGGAGAGGGCUCUCUGUUGACACUUACUCUGUUUGGAGUCAAGAUGGCUACCCACCUGCACGCAGUUUCACCCCACCUUACCAGAGACAGCAUGAGAGCACUGAGAGGAAUCUGGCAGAUGAAAGGAGUGACCGGUCAUGCUCUCAGCAGGACUCCUAUGAGGAGAGAGGGAUUGAACGUGUUGAAAGUCCUCCAGAGGAUCUCCCCCAUCAGGGCUACCGCCCAAGUCGAGGCUCGGACAUUUCUCUCGGUUCACAGCGAGAGGAAGAAGUGACUCAGCUACCAGGACACAGUGAAUACUUAAAACCCGAGCACCAGAAGGAGGUUUCCUCUAACCGGCACCAGAGAGAUGGUCUAGAUUCUUGUGACGACGUUUGUGAGGGCAAGGAGAAGAGUUUUGACUCUGGUUUCUGGAAGAAGGACGACUCUAUGAAGAAAGAUAAAGAUGCAGUGCACUGGUCCGAUCCAGGGUCGAGCAGUAGCAGUGGGGUUAGCCAACCGUCCGAACUGAGCAGUAGAACCCUCAGAAGGACGGGUCCUAUCAAGAAGCCAGUGCUCAAGGCCCUGAAAGUGGAGGACAAGGAGAAUGAGAAACCCAAAUCUGAACCGGAAGAGAAGCCUGUCCCAUACAGACUUGAGAAGGAAGUCUUGACCAAUGUCUAUGACCUGAAAAAAGACAACCAGCCUUCGAUUAACAGGCACUCGGUGGUUUCUGUGACCUCUCAUGAGGAGAAGCAGUCUUCUCUGCUGAAAAUAGAGAAAUCGAGCAACCUGAAUGAAGAAUUGAACAAGGAGAAUGGCUGGGAUAGCAUCAACUCCCAGGUGAAGGAGAGCUCUGAAAGCAGAGAGCCUCCAGUACCUCGCCGCAACAACUGGAUCUUUAUUGAUGAAGAGCAGGCAUUCGCUGGAGCCAGAGGAGCAGGGCGUGGCCGCGGCAGAGGAUUCAGGGAGUUCAACUCGCGUGGUGGAGGCCGAGGAGGGCGUAAUGACAACAAUAGAGGAAUGUACAACACGGGAAAUAUCCAACGAUCAGGCCGGGGUCGAGGGCCUCGGGACUUUGUCAAAACUGAGGAUUUGCCAAGGGGUAAACCACGAAGACGGAACAUGAGCGAGACUCUGAGCGAGGCCUCGGAAUACGAAGAGCUGCCCAAACGGCGCCGCCAGAAAAAUGGAGAGAACGGAGAAGCUGCUUAUUCCAUAUCCGGAGACACUAAAAGGGCGGAUAGGGAGUCCUGGAGGUCCAAUAAGGUCUACAAUAACGACCAGGGCACCGACGGAGAAGCGAGGGAAAAGCCCAGAAUGAGAAGUUUUGGUCGGUCCCUUCCUCCACGCCUGAACACUGGAUACAACCGUGGGUUUGGAUCGAAGGAUUUUUCUACUUGGAGGGGGCGAGGGAACCAGUUUGGAGGUGGAUCCAUGCAGGAGAACGGUUACAACUUUACAAGUGACUCCUUUUCGAGAAAACCUGCAGAAAAUGACUCUCUGAAAUACCCUCCAAAGUUCUCUUCGUCUUUCGCAGAGAACGGAGUCGAAGAACGAGGAGGCGACUACCAUUUCGACAACGACAAUUCAGAUAACCGACCCCUAAGGAGAAGACGCCCUCCUCGCCAAGACAAACCCCCGCGGUUUAGACGUCUACGCCAGGAACGAGAAACCGGUGGUCAGUGGAACAAUGAUGAGUACGUCAACGGCGAUUUCACGAAUCCUUGGCCAGGUCGGUCCAAAACUGGAGAAGACCAUUGGCCUGGUCAUUACUCUGGAAAUAGGCAGCAGGAAUUUGCUCCUCAGGGUGAGGACUGGGAGACUGGAUCAGAAAACAGCGACUUGAAUGACUGGAGAGAGAAACGUGGUGAAGUGCCUGUAGAACCGGGCCAUGGAGAGCCAGGCUCUGAGAAACGAGAGCUCUCUAAGAGAAGUUUCUCCAGCCAGCGCCCUCUGGUGGACCGACAGAAUCGUAAAAGUGAUAUUUUGGAAAGCUCAAAGAUGCCUCGAGCCACAGAUACUACUUCUAGUGGCGGUUCAUUGAACCGAAACGAUGGCUGGCAGAACGGCGUGACGUCCAACUGCAGACGGAGUCCGGAGGACGCAGCUCCUGGCUUGAACGCAGGGCCGGUGUAUGGAGUGGAGCAGACAGAGGACGGCCUUUCCACCAGCAAUACUGAACCUUCAGGGAAGAAGCUGGACAAAGAUCUAAAACCAAGAAGCAUGAAGGGAGACAUGUCUGAGCCUCUUUCACAAUAUGACCUCAACAGCUACCCGAUUGAAAGCGAUUCAGGAGUCUCUAUUCCGAGUCCUGAUGGAUUCCAAGACGCCCUCACCAAAAAACAGCGGCGUCCACAGGAGGACGAACGAAGGAGGAAGGAGCAAGGAGCACCGGUAACCAUAAAGAACAGAGCAAUUGCUUCAAAAAUGCCUCCUCGUUUCGCAAAGAAGCAGGGCAGUAUCUCAAUCGAGCAGCCCGAGGAAACUCUCUCGACUAAUAACCUCGGCACCGAGAUCUGGGAGACCAACAGCACAGCUCUGACAGUUCAGUCAUCUGGUGGAGACUCAUGGACGAAGCAGGUGUCCUACACCGGGAGUGAACCAAAUUCAGAGGAUUCGGAUGCAGGGCCAGAGCAGAGCAAAGAGCACAAACCCGGACCGAUCGGAAAUGAACGCUCUCUGAAGAACCGCAAGGGUUCUGAGGGAGUGGAGCGCCUGGAGGGUCCCAUCACCCCUGUUAAUGGAGUGGACAUCCAUGUUGAAAACGUCCUCCCUGUCCCACCCAUCGAGUUUGGAGUCAGUGCCAAGGACUCGGACUUUAGCCUUCCUCCGGGAUCAGCACCGGUGGCCGUGUCCAACCCUGUCACCAAGCUGCAGGAUGCCCUCACCAGCAACGCGGGCCUUGCUCAGGGCAUUCCGAUGCUGCGCAGAGAUCACCUGCAGCCCGGCAUUAACCUCAAUCCCAUUUCCUUCCCAACCACUGACCUCACACUCAAGAUGGAGUCUGCACGUAAAGCCUGGGAGAACUCUCAGUCCCUCCCCGAGCAGGGUUCUCCGGGCGGUGCCGGUUCCGUCACACAGCCCCCCUGCAGCUCGUCCAGUGCAGUCAGCUACAGCUCGUUUGGAGGCGUCUCCAUGCCUCCCAUGCCCGUGGCCUCUGUCGCUCCCUCCGUCUCCAUGCAAGGUAAUCACAUCCCCCCUCUGUACCUGGAUGGCCACGUGUUUCCAAGCCAGCCACGUUUGGUACCGCCAACGAUGACUCAGCAGCAAAGCUACCAACAGGCUGCAGCCGCUCAGCAGAUCCCCAUCUCCCUUCACACGUCUCUGCAGGCUCAGGCUCAGCUAGGACUCCGGGGCGGUCUGCCCGUCUCUCAGUCCCAGGAGAUGUUCAACUCCAUCCCCACCUUCAGGUCGCAGGUGUACAUGCAACCCAGUCUGUCCCACCCGAGUGCCAUGGUGCUUUCUGGAGCAGCCCCUCUGAAGGGACCCUACUCGGCGUUCCCUGGCAUGCAGCCCUCCGAGAUGGUGAAGCCGCAGUCCGGCUCGCACUUCCAGCCCAUUAACGGCAGCCAGGCGCUGGUUUAUGACAGCACCAUCAACCAGGCAGCGGGAAUGGGCACGUCUCAGCUCAUGGACUCGCAGCUCAUUCAGGUGACGAUGCCUCUACCUGGCUCUCAGCUGCGUUAUGGAUCGGCUCAGCAGCACCUGAUCCUCCCUCAGUCCAUCCAGCUCCAGCAGGGACAGAACCUUUCCGUCGGUGCCCCACGCCGCAUCAUCCCCCCUGCAUCCCAGCCUCCCGUCAUCACCGCCAGCCGAGAGCCAUCUCAGCUGGAGAUGAAAGGAUUUCAGUUCCCUGAUAAAGCCAGCCACUCGCCUGGGAUACCUGGCGGCUCGUACAGGCCAGGUUCUGCCAGCCCCAGUGGGAAACCGUCUGGUCCCGGUGCCCCCCCGACUGUCGGCCCGCUCCCCGGACAUUACACUCAACAGGUGCCCCCUCCGCAAGGCAACAUGGUGAUGCACAUGCGCCCCACCCCUACCAGUGGGACUUUCCCAAACCCCAUCCAGAGACCUGUAAUGCAGGUAAACAAGACUGUAAUUUUGCGCUCUACCCCUUACUCGAGCCCGGGCCGCGAUCCUCCCCACUCCACCCCCCCUACCAACCCGGAGCCCCCUAACAAGGGCACAGAGGAGGGCACGAAGGUGAAGGUCCUUCGUGAGGCUCGACAGGUUGUAUCUGAUCUGAAGGCAUCCCCUUCCUCAUCCAUGAUUCCCGGUAAACUGCAGGAGGCGUCUGCAGCCGGACCGGGAAAACCGAACCGCACCGGAGCCAUUAAACCUCAGAGCGUUAAAAUGGAGGAGAGCAAGGCCUGAUCACGGAGCUCACACACCUUCACGCCAUCAUACAGAGGCUCUGAGCUCUAACCAAGGACACACACACACCCCUCCCCCCCUCUCUCGCUCGCUCGCUCUCUCUCUCUCUCUCUCUCUCUCUCUCUCUCGUUUAGGUCAUUCGUCUUUCAUCUGUCACUGGACCACAAACUGAACCACAGGAGCACCAGAACAGGACACUUCCUGCUAAAGCACCGUAUAGAGAGACGUAUAUAAAUAUAUCUAUAUAUAUUAAAAAAAUGUAUACAAUAAUUAUAUAUAUAUAUUAAAAAAUACAGAUGUGAUAGCUUGGGACUCUUCUAAGCAGACUCUCUUCAAGAUCCUCAUUAUUUAUUUUCCAUUUCAAAAAGAACAAUGAUUUAAAAAAAAAAAAAGAAAGAUAAAAGCCUCGUGAUGAGUUUUUUUCGUCGCCCCGCCCCCUUCGCCAAAAUCACCCAGCCAACGAGGUCCAGCUGUAGUUUUUGAUCAGCGUGACCGAGAAUCGUCGAACAUGUUUAAAAACUGCAGUGUCAUUUUUACUGAUAACCAUGGAAUUUUAACCCUUUUUUGUUUUUGUUUUUUUGGUUUUUUUUUAAAUAAAUAUAUUAAAUAUCAUAAUCGGCGCCUAUUUGCUCUGUUCUGAAGGGGCAUCUUUUACUCAAAUAAAACAAAAACUCUGUCAUACCUUGUAAUUUGAGGAUUUUUGUUCUAGAUAUAACAAAACUCCUGAAAAACUGAAGCUUAUUUUAACCCUUUGUUUUGUUUUUCCUCUCUUUCUCUCUCCCCAUGUGCAAAUGGGAUCUUGAACCUUUUUUGCCUUUUGAGCACCGUGUCAGGGUUUAAAGGAGCUGUUUGAAACACUAAUGGGUGUGUGUGUGUGUGUGUGAGAACGUAGGGCACUUGAGCAUUGUUUCGGGGUUUUUUUUUUUUCUUGUAACUAAUAGCUGAUGUGAUAUGCUGCUGUAUAGCCAUUAGGGAUGGGUGAUGUCACAGUAUCAUGAUAUUUUUGCUGUAAUGAUGUAAGAUCAAUGACUGGAUGUGUAAAAGGUUACGGUUUAGCGCCCUCUGCUGACUUCCUGGUGAAUCACGACUGCAUUGUCUUGUUGCUUAUUGAGGGGAGAGUCGGCACUGUUUUAGUUUCAGGGCCUGAAAACUACAUUUCAAAGAUGGGGAAAAAAAACAGAUCUGAGGCAUGAUAUUGGAAUUUUUUUUAAGCUUCUCUUGAAAUUGUGGAUGUUAGUUUUGCUUUAAAUAAAAAAAAUAAACACAAACUCCAGCUUUAACAUCCAGUCUGUUCCUGAUAGAAUUUAUUGCAAUAUCGAUGUUGAUCGUGUGGUCAUCACCCAGUCCUAAUUGACCAUAAACAUGAAAAAUGUCAGUGUUUAACACCUGUGUGGAGUUUGGUGGAUAUCACAAGCAACAGCUUCAUUCUUGUCACCUUUUUUGUUUUGGGAGGGGUGUCACGUUUCGGUGUAAACGAGCAGGCGGAAUCAUACACGGUGUUCACUUCAUGAGGAUAUCAGCUGAGCAUCUCAUCUACAUGGAAAAUUUAAAAAAGGUGCUUUUGCCUGUCAAAAAGGAAGAAAACAAAAGAACUUUGUUCCGGUGUAAAUAAAACGAGGCACCUCCUGCCUGCUAUGGAACAUGUGAGGAACGCUUUAAAGACUUUUCCACAAAUGGGACUUUUUUCCCCCUCCUCCUGUUUGAGAAGUGAAUUUGAUCGGUGUACAUCGGACACACGUCAUUAACUGUACAGGCUCACAGCUUUCCUUUGUAAACUCCAGCAUUUCUUUUUCCUUUUCCGUAUUUAAGUUCUGUUGUCCGGGCUGCUGCUCAGUUUCAGUGGCCUCUUUAUCCUCAAGUGUUGUUUAUCCUCUGCUUUCAGAGAUGUGAAUCAUAAUUGCUCUUUUUUUUUUUCUUUUCUCUUGUAUAAUGAUCUCAUUGAGAAGGGGGAAAAAUAAGGAAAUAAAAGCAAACUGCUUUUUCAAA